UCCAACCAUUUAUACUCAUUACCCACCCCUCCCUUUCCCUUUAUCUCUCUCCCAUCAAAUCUUCUAUCUGUCCCGAGGGAGGGAGAGGGAUCUGGUUCUGGUGCCGAGGGGUUUGGUAGGUUGCGGUAAAGAUCUUGAUGAACUGAAAAGAGGGAGGAAUCCCACUUCAUGUUCAUCUCCAUCUUCCUCUCCUCCAUUCCUCCAUUCCUCUCUGCCGGAUCUCCUUUAUUCCUUAUUCUUUUGUCGUUGGUUCUGUGUACCACCUCUGACAGCUCUGCAGGCUUAGGUGUUAUUGGUGUUGGUGUGGGUACCAAGUCCUAGCCCAUUCCCACAGCUACUCUUCCGCUUACCCUCGAAGAUUCGUCGGUGGGAGUCUCCAAAUCAAUAGCUAAUUUCUUCUUCAUAUCGAUCGUCAGAAGGCCUUGGAUCCUUCUUUCUAGCCUUCAGGGCCUUAUGUGAGGAAAGGAGACCCAGAAACCCAAUUCUCAGGCAAGUUCAGGAUAUUAAUCUGGCACAAGCCUGAGUUUUGGGUGUCUCCGGUUCUGCCUUCCUCUGGAUCCGUCCGGUACCUGCUUGGAAGUUUUAGUGGGUUUCGUCGCGUCAGCAAUACCCCGGGUAGAUAAGGGAUCGUUCCUUGUUUGAUCCGCAAAAUUUUUAUGAAAUUGUGGCUUUCCUUGUAGCAAUUGGGUCUUUUGUAUACUUAUUUAAUCUUCAUGUGGAGCACCCAAUCAUCCAAUCCCAAGAAUCUAUACUUUUCCCUUAUCUGAUGCUUUUCUUCCUUGUAUCUUUUUUCCCCUUCCUCAUCCUCCUCUUCAAGUUUCUCCCUUUGCAGCCCAUGCCUUCAUGGGCAAGUGAGGUUACAUUGCUCUCCAACUUGUUCUGGAAGGAAUUCUUGUAUUCUCUGGUGAAAUCGCUAAGAAAUUGUAGCUUGCUUAGUGCUCGCAUCCUUAGUAUUUCCUCGAGUAUGUCUUCCAAAAGGAGGUGUGCCCCCAGAGUAGAAAUUGAGGAGGAGUCGGUGGAUAUGUCGGUCUUGGACUUGCCGGAAUUGGCCUUAGAGUGCAUUCUGGGGAAGCUGUCGCCGGCCGGGUUGUGCAACAUGGCGGCCGUGAGUAGCUCUUUGAGAGAUCGGUGUCGGAGUGAUCAUCUGUGGGAGAGGCACAUGAAAGAGAAAUGGGGGAGGGUGAUCGGUGGAGUGGCAUACAGAGAUUGGCAGUUGUAUUCGGCCUCCAGGAAGGACUCCUUAGGUGGCGUUGUUGGCAGCACCAAGCAGAAGAAGUGGAUCGGGGCUUUCUCUUGUGUCUGGCCUCUUUCUUGGCUCAAAUCUAGGAUAGAAAGCAGCAGCAAACCAAGCAAUCCUUUGCCUGAUGACUCCAUCAUGUCUUGGUAUCUGUCACUGGAGAGUGGCAAAUUCUGGUUUCCUGCUCAGGUUUACAAUCGCGAGCAUGGGCAUGUGGGAUUUAUGCUAUCAUGUUAUGAUGCUGAAAUUAGUUACGAUCACCACACAGACACCUUUCAUGCAAGGUACCCACCACAUGGGCGACGGACCAUAGUCAUAGAGGAAGGAGUGCAAUGGGACAGGAUAAGAGCACCACCAGUUGAUACUCCUGCACAUGAUCUUCAUAUUUCUGAUUGUCUGAAUGAUUUACACCCAGGCGAUCAUAUAGAGAUUCAGUGGAGAAGGAAUAAAGAAUUUCCAUAUGGCUGGUGGUAUGGGGUUGUGGGCCACUUGGAGUCAUGUGAUGGAAAUGAACAUUUCUGCCAUUGUCACAAUAGCGUUUUAGUUCUACUUUAUCAGACAAUCUAUUGCUGAACAAUGUUGGCAGACACAAUCAUAUUAGAGUUCAACCAGUACACACCUGGUUCGAAAUGGAGGCGAGCAUCAGUAAACAGGAAAGAUCAUCGGGAAGGAGGCAAUGAAACAGACGGGUUUUAUGGAGGAAUCAGGAAACUUCAUAGCAAGUAUGAAAUUGCUAAGUGGAAGAAGAUGUGGCCAACUGAGGUCUUGGAAUAGCUUCUCAUCAUCUAAGCAUGACACCACAUUGCAAGGCCCUGAUGCGUUUUCUCCUGCUUAUGUUAUCUCUCCAUCUGAGCCUAUAUCAUGAAACUAUUUCACCUCUCUGUCUACUGCUAAAGAGAAUUUAGGACCAAAAGAUAAUUUGAGUAGCUAGAAAUAGCCUAUGAUUUUAUUUUGGUACCAGUGGAUGUCGUGCUCCUGUUUUUUUUUUUGGUUGAUGGGAAACCACAGCCAAUUCAUGCAACUCCAAGUCCUUGCAGGUAUCACUGUUUUCCUUGUAGAACGAAAGCAAAUCAAUUGUAAAUUACGUAUUUUGCCUUUUAUUGCCACUUUGGUCUCCCAGAA